UCCUUUCUUAUGUGUUCCUCUCAUCGCCAUCGUCCGCUUGUUACUAGCAUUGCAUUGCUUGUAGUCGGGCAUUGCUAGAAGACGUCUUCGGGGAAGACUGUGUGUACCGCGCCGCGGCAACGUUUUCUACGUUAUGUGUACCCAGCGCUAAUACUUCGUAUUCAACGCGAGUAACGCAGGUUUGAACCGCCACACAUCAGACAUGCCUCUCGAAGUACAGUGGCCCCUUCCAAACCUCAGCCAGCCCAGCAAAUUGUGGCAGCUCGGAAGCUCCAUGGUCGUUCCUGCCGUCGGCCUGCUAGCAAAACUGUUCCACGAGCCACAGUUUCUUAAGAGGGCACAGAACCCACACAGACCCCGAGUAUACCGCACCACAGGCUGGUUCAACACAGUGAAUGUGUACAACAAGGAGAUCCUCAUCGACGCCAUUGAAAAUCGACCAAAAGAUGUUCCGUUGAUCACAGUCUGCAACCACCACUCUUGCCUUGAUGACCCUUUCAUUUGGGGAAUGCUGGAGCUGAAGCACAUCGUGCGGCAGAAGUGCAUGCGCUGGAGCGUGGCGGCUCAUGACAUCUGCUUCACCAACGAGCUGCAUUCGCGAUUCUUUGCGCUGGGCAAGACGGUGCCUGUGUGCCGGGGCGAGGGCGUCUUCCAGAAGGGCAUGGACUACUGCAUCGAGCUGCUCAACCGCGGCAUGUGGGUCCACAUCUUCCCCGAGGGAAAGGUCAACAUGGUCACCCAAGAGUUCCUGCGCCUCAAGUGGGGUGUUGGCAGACUAAUUGCGGAAAGCAAGAAGUGUCCCAUAGUCAUUCCAUUCUGGCAUGUUGGCAUGAAUAAUGUUUUGCCAAACAAGGAGCCGUAUGUACCACAGUGGGGACAGCUAGUGACCAUUCUAAUUGGAAACCCCAUCGACUUCACUUGCCUCCGAACUACCAUGAAGAAGGAAAAUAAGAGUGCGAUGGAGCAACGAAAGAAAAUAACAGACGUCAUACAGGACGAGUUUAGCCAGCUGAAGACCCAAGCUGAGACGUUACAUCACCUCAGCUUGCCGUCGUCGUCUUAGCAUUGUCGGGAGUGCCGUCAGUGGCUCGCUUGUCUUCAGGCAUGGUGUGCUGCUGAUUGCAGAGAAAAGUGUUGGCAACUUACAGGUUCUCUUUGUAGCAGGCACCGUGGAUAUUGUGUACUGGUGGAUAACGAGAAGGACAAAAGAACCUGUUGCCUGCAGCCUUUAGUCGCGGCCAUGCGAGUGCUGAGCUGUGGGGUAGGGUUUCGUGGACAGCUGCACACACGAGUGUAUUGAAGAGGCGCGGCUUCUAAAAGCUUUAAGUUCGAUGGGGACAAAUCAUGAGCAACCCUAAAAAAAAGAAAAUGGAUGCGAUUUAGAACCCAGGCGGUUGUUUGCUUAUUGCUGACAUUUUAUGGCCACUGACCUGCCUUUAAGUGGGAGUAGGGUGGGGGCGAGGAUGAGACGACCACAUUGAGAGCAGUGUUGUGAUUGGAUUAUCUUUUCGUGGGUUGGUCUUGUCCCUAGUGAGAUGCUUUUGUUGUUUGCACCCCCCCCCCCCUGCUUCUGUUGUACACUAUAUGCUGUGUGAUUAUGAACGACAAGUACAAACAGGCUAGUGUCUAGCAUGGGCUAAAUGUCUGCAGUUAGGCCAUGACUUUUUCUAGUGAAGCGCGUACCGAAAACCCAGUAAAAAAAGUAGAAAAGUACUUAUUCCAUUACAACUGCAUGGCCUUCUACUCUGGGAUUUUUCUUUCUUGCUUUCCUUCCUUCCCUUUUUUCUUUUUUAGUUCAUUUUUGUGUAUUUUUGUGUGCACUGAAGUCAUCCAAGUCAGCUAAAUUUGUGAAUACCAUUAGUAAAGGCUGUUUUGGCUGCUCUUAGUACCAUUCUCAUGACACAAUUUUUUUCCCGCCCAAUUAUUAUCGUAUUGAUAUUGUGGCUGCAACUGUAUUCAGUGUAUCUGAAUUCUGUGUAUCCACUACUAUCCAUAAUAGGCUGCUGCAUGGAACACCUGCCCUAAUGAUUUUACGUAUUGAUUGAGCCUUACUUCAUAGACAUAACAUUUUGCUGAGAGCUUGUGGCGUUCUUUUUUUUUUGGUCUUGUAGUAGUUGUAGGUCCUUCCUGACCGAAAUGCACCUGUAGUGAUGCCAAGAAAGUGGGCUUUGAAAAUUUUUUAAUUUAGUAUAUCAAUUUCUAUAAUUUUUGUACUACACUUUUCAUGCUGCCUUUAUGCAGGUUUGUGUAUGUACUUACAUAUUCUUCAUAUAAUUUGUGACUGCAGUAGAUGUUAGUAUUUCAAUUUGUUUUUAACAUCUUCAAGAUAAAAUAGAGUAGCCGGCAAUCCUUUUUUUUUUUUCAUUACUAAUUUUGUUACGAACGCUUGUGCACUAACGAGAUAUGUAGAUUGGAAUUUAUUGAAUUGCAAGAAUGUCUGCACAAAUACAUUGCUGUUCUAUUUAAGGCAUAUCUUUAUCGGUACACUAAAAAGUUCUGAUACUGAUUUUCUUACGCAGAUUUUCUGUUCAUAAUGUUCCCUAUUUAGCACACUUUUGCAAAAUUUGCAUUAUUCCAGGUUAGUAGCGACAUCAGUGGCUUGUAGAACUGAGCUCGUUUGUUCUUUUCCUCGUUUUUGUUGUAUCCAUGCUGUUCGGUUUUUGCAGAUUCGGAAGAAGCAACUCCUUGUGCUUUUAUUUAUUUACUGCUGCUCCUUGAUGAUAUAUUGUAGCGUACAAUGUUGGAAACUAAAAGCAAGAUUAAUUACUGUAGCUGCAAAAGCUUUUUCGUAAAUACGCUCAUUCAAUCCUUAAUUUUUUUUCUUGACAGUGUAGUUUCUAUGUAUGGUCACGUCACUUCAAUCAUGCGAAACUCACGCAGCUGAGCAUGGCUUUUAUAAUUUAUUUUAUUAUUAUUUGUAGGAUCAAGACUGAAAUUUGGCAAGCCAUACAUAUGGCUGUUAGCAUUGUGCCACUACUGAUGUGGCUUUUUCUCAGUUCCCUUUCCUUUUAUUUAAUUUUAUUAUUUUUUUGCUGCAUCUUGGUUCUUGCAUGUCAUGAUCCUGAAUUUUAUAUUUUUGGCAUUGCUUUCAGUGGCUUUUAAAUGUAGGCACAAUUAUGUUACUUCCUGGAAAUAUUUGAUUAACAUUGUACCACGCAGCACCUUGUGGCUGGGGCAUGAUUUUCUGCAAUCGUUAUCUGUUGUGUAGAAGCCUGAAGAAAUGCUGCAUGCUAAAUAGACUUUUGAUAAGAUGUUGAAAUUUGGCACUCGUAUGACUGCACUAUGGCAGCACUGUAGCAAAUUGCUAUUACUUUUAAGCACUGCUUAAGUGUUCGGUGCCAAAAUUUGUUUUACACAUCCGACGAGUUCAGCUGCAGAGUUUCCACUGGUUGGUUAUCGUACGAUCAGAAAAUCUGCGAACUGAAAACUUCUUGAUGCAUUUGUUAAGUCUGAUUUUCAGAACUGUUGCCGUUGAUUCUGCGGAUACUGUGAUAUAUAUAUUAUAUAUCUUGGUUGUGCUCUGCCGUCAUUGGAGUUAAGUCCUAGCUCUGAUUCAGUCAGUCGUAACUUUUCGAUUUUGUGAUGCAAUAGGCAGUACGGUACAGUUGACGUUUCUAGAGACUAUGUUUUAUGUUAUGAAUGUGUGUUUGCUACAUAUUUGGGCACCACCUUUGUUAGUGUAAUUUUGAAACAUCCUUUGUUAGCGUAAUUUUGAAAAGAUAUUUCAGUGCCCUUUCUUGCUAUCUUGUUGUUCAGUGUGUGUUAUUGGAAUGCAAUGUUCUCUGUGUACAGGAAUCCUAAUAAUUGUCGCUUGCAACAUAAAAGAUCUUACAGGGCUUUUGCCCUAAUUGAACUGCAGAUAAUGUGUAAUGAUAGUAAUUUCAGUGUGUAACCUGUAUACUGUUGCUUCAUGGUACUUACUACUUUUGUUUUGUGCACUAUACCUUUUCUUUUUUUAUGCAGUACAGUCAAAUUAGUUUUGCUGCAUCUUUUGUUUUUAUCGCUACCAAAACACAUUGUCCUUGGCAUUGCAAUUCACUUGAUACAGUACGUGGCUGUCACUUAACGUAAUCCCAGUUGUUGGGUCUGAUCUGAUGGAACAAGUUUGUUUGUCCCGCAGUUCUGAAAUAGUUUCCUUAUCUGAAACUGCUGCUGUUGUAGUGUCAUGCAUUUUGUUGCUUCUGCGGUUUUGUUUAAAAUGUAUGUUCACUUGAAAUCAAAGGCUUAAGAUGCACAAUCAGGCAUGCGUCUGUUUUACUUAUUCGUCCAUAAAUAUCAUGUGCGAUAUUAAGGACAUAAACACAGUGUUAUGUCUGUAGCCUCCAUCCUAAUUCAGCUCAUUUUUUAAAGAAUGAGACUAUAAAUUUUCAUUGAAUGAGCUUUUCUUUUUUCUUUUUUUUUUCUAGACACUUUUAUUUAACGCUUUUGAGCAGUUCAUAAAAACUUUACUGUGUGGCUUUUUGGGAGCCUUGUGUACUUGAAGUAAGUUGAUUAAAAAGAAGUUACAAUACAGGCAGAAGACAAGUUAUCAUGCUGCUUAUUCUUUUUUAUCUGUCUUGUGAGUUACUGGAAAUAAUUCAUUACAAAAAUAAUUUCAUUGUUUUUCUGAUGCUGUGUUUUUCAAGCUAGUGGUUACAUUUUUUUCUUUCUUGAAUGCUGCAAACUUUAUUAGACUGUAAUAUAGUUUUGCCUUGUUUGCACAUUCAUUAUUAGAAACAACUCGGAUGAGACAAAUUAUUUAGGCAUGAAGCUGUAUUGCACUAGUGUCCCAAUUUCAGCUUGAAACAUUUUAAUUGCAUGAUGUCAAUUAAGUGAGAAAUAAAUUUAAACUGAAUGUCA